AUGAGUCAACAACAAUCCACCAAAAAGCCCAAACUUUCAGUUCUCUCACUCUCGGCCGGCAAUAACUACUUUGGAGAUCAAAUUGGUCAUCAACUGUAUGAAGAUUACCUUCCAUCAAUCAUGGCUGCUCAAUCAAAUUGUGCUCAAUAUUUUGAUGUAGAAUUGGAUAAGAAUAGUGGUAGUCCCUCCGAUGAUCGUAAGGUGGUUUCGGAAAGGGAAUAUGCAGAGCAACUGACCUCGUGCUUAGCUGAGAGUUUAUGUCCAAGAACGUUUUUAAAGCAAUCACAUGGAUGUGUCUCUAAACUCAUCAGAAUGAAUGCAGAGUGGACACCAAAAAUUGAUAAGAAUACUGAAAAUGAUUUUAAAAAUGAUUUAAAGGAAUGCUUUUCGGAUGUUAAGGAAUGUGUUGCAGAAUUCAUUUUGCAUGGAUCUCUUAAUGAAAAUAAGUAA